AUGUCUUGCCGCGACGCCUCCAUCGAGGAGGCCGACGCCGAGGUGCUUCGGCUGAUAAGCGCCAAGGUAGAUUCGCUGUUGAUGUUGUCUGAGACGGACGCCGAGCUGCGCAAUUACGCCCUGAAGUUUAAGCUGGAGCAGGCUGUCGACCAAACGGCGUUUCAAGCCAAGCGCGAGGAGGGGGAGGAGAUGCUGCACCUACAGCGCGUGCUGCGGCGGAUGGCUGACCUUGCGCUGCACGUUGCGCCGCACAUAUUGCGCCGGACACGGAGGCAUCGUUCGUCCAGGUGCCCCGUCGGGAAUGACGAUGCCGCCGCCGCCGCGGCGGGUAGCACCCCCGCAGAGGGUACGGCCUCUGACAGUAUUCCACGCAACAGCAGCGUGGAGGACGUGUGCGACGGGUCGGAGGCGUGGUUGGAGACGGGGGCCCACUUGUCCCACUCCUCCGUGGAGCUGCUCUGCCUCAUUUUGGUCUGCCACCCCCGGCUGGUCAAGGCCCUGCAAAUGUAUUUGUUGGAGUGUGACGUCCUGGCCUACGUGGCGGACGCCCUGAGUAUUCCGUGCGAGCACGAAAUUGCCUUCUUCCAGGAGGGCUACCGAACCGAACACGUCCGCUUGAUGGCGAACCUCACCCUCGAUAACCGCGAGGCGUGCUCCGCCAUCGUGGGCACCCCCGCGCUCCUCUCGGCCAUUCUCACCAGCACCCGCGUCGAUGAGGAGAACCCUGGCAUGGUGGAGUGGGCCGAGUUCUGCAUCCGCAACCUCUGCUGCUGCACAAGCGAGGCGCGUGAAAAGAUACGUAGGAUGCUGCCAGUGAGUAUAUCUGGCGAAAGCAGGGAGUUGCUUGCGGGCAGGGCGGACUGCCAGCUAACUCAGGAAGGAAAACUUGUUCUCACGCAGCCCUGCACAACAAAAACGAAGUAG